UCAGUUUCCUCAAAAUUAACUCAAGAUGUCUGUUGAGUAUCUCGUCCUUCUACUUGGCAACUACCAUUAUAUUCUCCUAGCAUCAGUGCUCGCCUUAGGAGUGACAGUUCUCCUUUCUAAGGGAACUAAACGUGGAAAGAGUGGCAUCCCUGGCAGCCUGGGAAUCCCCUUCCUCGGGGAGACUCUUUCAUUCCUCUCAGCUAACAAUAGCAACAAAGGCUGCUAUGAGUUUGUUAGACUCCGACGAUCGUGGUAUGGGAAAUGGUUCAAAACAAGGAUAUUUGGCAAGAUCCAUGUGUAUGUUCCAAGUGUUGACGGUGCCAAGACAAUCUUUGCCAAUGAUUUUGCACUGUUCAACAAGGGAUAUGUGAAAUCAAUGGCAGAUGCAGUAGGAAAGAAUAGCUUGCUAUGUGUUCCUCAUGAAAGUCACAGAAGAAUCAGGCGUCUUCUGUCUGAACCUUUCUCUAUGAAUUCUUUAUCCAAGUUUGUUCAGAAAAUUGACUGCAUGCUGAGUAAAAGAUUGGAGAAAUUAGAAAGGGAUGGACAAAGUUUUGUGGUGCUUGACUUCAAUAUGAAGAUGACAUUUGAUGCAAUGUGUGACAUGUUCAUGAGCGUCACAGAUGCUUCCUUACUCGAACAAAUUGAAAGAGACUGCACUGCAGUUUCUGAUGCCAUGUUAUCCUUCCCUGUCAUGACCCCUGGCACUCGAUACUACAAAGGCAUCAAAGCACGCCGUCGACUCAUGGAAACGUUCAAAGGAAUGAUUGCCUGUCGAAGGACAGGAAGUCGACAUCCUGAAGACUUCCUACAGUCCAUGCUGCAAAGAGAUCAAUAUCCAGAUAAUGAAAAACUCAGCGAUGAAGAGAUCAUGGAUAACCUAUUGACAUUGAUAAUUGCUGGACAAACCACUACAGCUGCUGCAAUGAUGUGGAGUGUCAAGUUCUUGGAUGAACAUCAAGGAGUUCAGGAUAGGCUCAGGGAAGAACAAUUGUCCAUACUCAGAAACAAGCCAAAUGGAGCCCUCCUGACCCUUGAAGAUCUGAACAACAUGUCAUAUGCCUCAAAGGUUGUCAAAGAGACAUUGAGAAUGUCAAACGUCCUCCUAUGGUUUCCUCGAGUGACACUAGAUAACUGCACAAUUGAAGGUUUCGAGAUAAAGAAAGGAUGGCAUGUCAAUGUUGAUGCAACCUGUAUACAUCAAGACCCAGAAAUAUACAAGGAUCCUAUGCUCUUCAACCCUUCAAGAUUUGAUGAAAUGCAAAAGCCAUACAGUUACAUACCAUUCGGGUCAGGACCAAGGACAUGCUUGGGAAUCAAUAUGGCAAAACUUACAAUGUUGGUUUUUUUACACCGACUAACUACUGGAUACAUGUGGACUGUUGAUGACCUAGACCCUCAUCUAGAAGGAAAAGCACACAUACCAAGAUUGAGAAGUGGAUGUCCAAUAACCUUAACGGCCCUGAAGAAUGAACACAACUAAAUACCCUGAAGCAGAUGACUUGUGCACUACGGUGAUUAAUGUAGAUGCAUGGUUUAAGACUAUGUACCAAGUAUCAUCAAUUUCUUGUUGUAAUCCAGUUCUUAUGUUUCAAAUUCCCUGAAAAAGAAGAUUCUAAAUUUCACAGGAAAUUAGUAGAGGCAACAAAAAGAAAUGAUGUCAUCCAGUCAUCAUUUAUGUGAUCCAUCGUAAUACAUAAACCAUGAAUUUCAAGUAUUCCAGUCAUACACAAAAGGAAUACUAACCAUAUUCGGCCAUUAUAAGAGAAAGAGCUAAAUCUUCUGUAUGACAAUAAUGUCAUUUCAAAUUUUAUUCUCAUCCAUAAGUGCAUAAUGUUGAUCUGAAAUCUUUGAAUAUUUAUAUAUCUUUUUUUUUUUUAACAAAGUACAUGUCAGAAAAAGAUGAUAAUGAAUC